ACAGCGAUAGGGAGCAGAUACCGUCGAACGCAGGAUUCAUGUCGGAAGCAAAGUGCCCUCUCGGCUUCACGGGCACGCCCCCCGCCGGCCACCCUUCGAUUCCCGGGUUCAAGAUAGGCGGCGACUCGGCGGGCCAGGCGACGCUGACAAGCAAGCUUGCCGCCUACAAGCCCUCGACGCUCCUCAUCGUCGACGCUCUUUUCCUUGGCCUCUGCCUCGUCGCCGCCGUCUGGCGCGAUGACCUCAAGGCCGCCUACGUCCGCUGGUCCGGCACGCCCACACCAAAGUGAUUCCUUCUUGGCCCUCUCUUUCUCCACACUCUGUAGACAUGCACUUCAAUGUAAAAGAUGGGAUGCUUUGAACGGGGGGAGAAUCACUACUAGUUGUACAAGAUAUACCAUACAAGACACGAGCUUGGAAUGACUGAUGCUUU